AAGUGUUUUUAGCUCUUUCCCAUAUAGCCAGAUCUUACCAUGGCAGACUGGUCGUUGCUUCCAAAAGACUUGCUGGAACUAAUCAGUGGUCGCUCUCAGACAUGUUUUGAGAUUGUUCACAUCCGUUCUGUCUGUAGCUCGUGGCGAUCAGCCAUACCUCGGCCGAGCUAUAGGAUCGGAUUAGGCCUUAAUAGCCUUCUACCUGUUUUCAAUCACAAGCCUCGGUUCGAAGGCCAUACGCAGUGCAUACUUAAAAAGAUUCCAGUUUUCCUCUUCAGAUUCCAGACUCCCUUUGGUACUGACUUUCUGUUGAUUGAAGUGACCGACGGAGAAUCAGGUGAACAGAUAUUGAUGUGCCCUUUUCAAAAUAGAGCUUGGAGAUAUAAAGAUGUGACAACACUCAACACUCUAAACUCUCAAAUCAUCCCAUUGGGUUAUUAUUACAAGAUAAACUUCUAUGCUAUAACAACUAUACGCCAUAGAACACGAAGUGAGAGUUAUACCAAGAGAGUUGCGUUUCUUCGUUUGGACGGUAAAGAAUUUGCAGUAGUAGCUGGAGUGUUGGGGGAUUUAAUGAUGUAUAGAAGCUGUGACAAGGGCUGGACUAAACUCGAGGGUAGGUUUACAGCAUAUCGAGAUAUGGUUUCAUUCAAAGGCAAGUUUUAUGUUGUUGAUAUGAGUGGACAAGGACAUGUUUUUGUUAUCGAACCCUCAUUUCAAAUUACUGAUAUCCAAGCAGUCACAUUGUCUCCCGAGACUUAUGAUGAGAGACUGGUUGUGUCAGGAGAUGAGCUCUUCCUGGUGCAGAGAUUUACUCUAGGAACGUAUUGUAAUGAAUAUAAGCAUUCGUGGUUUAGAUUGUUUAGGCUUGAAGAAGAUGGCCAGAGGAGAUGGGUUCGCAUUAAUGACAUAAAGGACCGAGUGGUGGUUCUUGGUUGUGAUUGGAGUCUCUGCUGCUCGGCGAAAGAGCUUCCCGGUAUGAAAGGAAACUCCGUUGUGUUCAAUGAACCAAAGUUCCGCCAUGAGAGAAUCUUUGUGUUUGAAUUAAAAACCAUGAAGACCAGUAAUGCUUUUACCGAAUGCAGAGGCUAUAUGUUUGGCGAAAAUCGAGAGUCUUUGUUGUCCUGUGGAAUUCUGAUGCACCGAAUCCAGACUCCAGCAGACGGCUUCUAUGACUCAUCAAGUGAAUCUGAAAUAGAACCUCAAUGAAAAUGCAAAGUAGAUCGUGAUUGCUCGAAUGUGAUAUCCAUGCGGUUUGUUUAUCUUGCGUACAACUUUUACAUGCUUCAGUUUGGUUUGAUUGUAUUAGCAUCCUAUCUUGCUUUGUCCAGAAAUUAACUCCUAGUUUGGUUAUUUUCUUCAAAAAGAAACUCUCUGUGGUAGCUUUAAAGGAUAACAUU